CGCUUGCACUGUUUGUUUAUAUUUUCUGUUAUUUUCCGUUUAUAAUUUCUCUCCUAGUUCACAAUCUUCCCGUUUGCUUCUCCCUGAACACUACGCUGUUCCACACGUUCCUGUAGGCGGGUGCGGGGAAAGUUAGCUGUGAAGUGCGGUAUUUCCGCCAGAAGAUUAGACAGGCCACAGCGAUAAAACGCGAUUUGUCUGUGACGUCGCGUUGGAACAAACUCUGCCCCCUUAAAAAGUGGACAGGGGAUUCAGUGGGUUGAUAGAGAGAAAUUGCGUUACUUUUCAGUUGGAAAUCUGUUCGGGGGCCACGUUGGGAAGCAGUUCUAACAGUGCGGUGUGCUGCGGGUUUUGCAGGCAUAAUCACAGUUCCUCAUGUCGAGACACAAGGCAAGGACGCGUCGAAUAGUGACAGUUCAGCGAAAGACUGUGUUGCACAACUGCUUACCUGAAUGAAGCGCGUCAGCUUCACGCUCCGGCCUCGUUACUCCGAGGAAAUAACCCCCGAUACUCUACAACGCACUACAGCACGCACUAAGUCUUCUCAGUCAGCUGUAUCUUCAACGGUUGUCGCCUGAUAACGGCUUCCAAUGUCGUAGAUUCUUUAGCUUCCGUAUUCAGGCCUUAUUCGCCGGCGACUGUGUUACAACUAACUAAACUUUAGACUUCUCUUACAUAUAACACCUUGGCAAAAACCCUAUAGAAAAAAACACUCCGAACACGUUUUCUAUUGUUGCAUCACACAGCUGUCGCACCGACUGCAUAGAGAACACUGCUACACAGUCCACUGAUGCGUGUUAAGAAUCUGUUGCCUAGAACCGGACGUUAUGUACAGAGUCAUUACUUAGCAACGAGUUUACAUGUUACUAAUGUGCUUUAAUAUGUGGAGGACUUUACGACGUUUCGUCCUUCACAUGAAACAUCAAAAUGCAAGGUGACAUUAACUGUAAGACGUUGCUAUGUACUCUACACGACAUAAGAAAGCAAAGAAUACUAAAACUAUAACUGUGAAGAAUGCUGUAUUGAAACUGUGAACUGACGGCAGUGAGUUGCGUUUGUAUAACCGGACAGAGAUGACUGAUAGACACAAAAUGGCGGGGCCUCUCGGUCGAUUAAAACGAUUACCGACGUUUACUGUAUCAAGGGGAGAGGUACAAUUCAGUCUUCGAACUGUGGAUCCCAUGUUCCGGCUGUCUCUAACGCGACUAGUUGAUUCAUCGUCAUCAGCGUCGCCUACGCCUCCCGACUCAUCCUCUCCAGGGGCGGAGGCCCGGUUUGCAGCCAGCUGGGACACUCGUUUCAGACAGGAGUGGGCACGGCUGAGGACGGCCGUUCAAGAGAUCUUCCACUUCAAGGCGGAACCUCGGCAGAGCGGCUCGAAGUCAAGACCCGCCUUUACACGCGGCCAGCUCACGGCGUUGCACAAUGACAUCAGAGUUCUGCUUCGAUCCCAGGCUGGGGCCUUCAUAUUCGAGUACUACCAGAACACUCUUCUCCCUACCGUCGCAUGCCUCCUGCUGGAAGAGAUAGAGAGGUUCUCGUCAGAUCUCGCUGCCAGUCUUGUCGCGGCCUGGACGCACUUCUACUGCCACGCCCUCCCUACACUCGAGGCCGUCUUCAUACAGGUGAAGAACCAAAGGACGUCCAUCAGACAGGCUACGCUGCUGGCGUUUCGUGACUGCGUGCUACUGAAGCUGGCGUCCCGUCUGGAGCCCUUGCUCGAUGAAAUGAACGCUGAAGGGAGCGUCCCGCCUGCAAUCAGACAGAUGUUGCUAGUUCUGCAGAGCGUUAUGGAAUGCUACCCCCCCAGUGAGAAGCGCCUCAAGUUGGAGUCCCUUGUGGCCAGAGUUGUGUCCCCCUAUCUGGGACACAGGGGGCUGUACGAAGGGGGCUAUGCUAAGCCAGUGAUACCUUCACGAGAACUGGACGUGGCUCAUCUGAGGAGACCAAGUGUGGUGGAUCCUAGGAGACUUACCCGGCCACUGAGUGUCAACUCCUCUACUCCUCAUGUCGAAACACUCAGCGAUCUGUUCUGUCUGUCUGCUGACAGGGCAUUUCACAGGAGAGUGGGCAGUAAAGACAUCCUGUGACUUCUGCUUAAUUUAAUAAAAUUGUUUAUUUUAAAACAAUCUCCUGACUUUGCUGACAGUUAUAAUUUUACGUAGAGUAAACCCUCGAUAAUCCGGUUACAUUUAAUCCGGAUGUUGGGUAAUCUGAACUGAAAUAUGAAAAACGAGAAACUGUAUUCACAGCUGAGUGCACACUUUAGAAAACAUGGGAUUUAGGAGCAAGAGAACUUUCAGACUGUGUUGAGGGCAGCUGGAGAGACUGAAACCACGCGAGAAAAUA